AUGGCCGAGAAGCAGCCCAUGCUCUCAUUCGCAAAAGUAGUGUCCGGGCAGGCCGAAGAGGGCCUGUCUCAAUCACAGCAACCUCCACAAAAACAGAGCAACACUUCACCUUCUACACAAAACGAGCAGAUCCCAACCGAGAAGCAAGGAAAUUCACAGAGCACUAGACGCGAUAAAGAAAACUCCAGUGGACGCCAAUCUGAUAGACCUCGCGGAGAAGGAAAAGGAAAACGACGCAACAAUAAAAAAGGUGAACGCAAGCCAAGAGGCGAAGCAAAAACUGAAAAGUCGGUUGAAAAAGUUGUGACAGAAGAAGCGAAGCCUGUCGAGGUCCCGGUUGUUUUAGAGCCAGCUCCACUGCCAGCCAUAAAUGCUUGGUUCAAAAAUAAAGAAGAAGCAGCCGCUGCUGCUGAUCGAGAAGGCCAGAACGUAGACCCAGCCGCGUUACCGGUGGCUUCUCCGAUCCAAAAAGCUCAAAAAUCGGUUGCUCCAGUCCCAGAGAAAAAGAAGGCUAUAGAAUCCGUCCCAGCGAUCAAAGAAAAACCAAAGAACAGAGAAGCAAAAAAGGAACCUUGGAAAACAUCAGAUGCUGGAACAGACUCUUCAAACACAGAAACAGUGACAGUCGCUGCUCCUCAAGAAUGGCCAUCAUUGGCUAAGUCAGAGCUCAACGGCCAUGUUUCACCAUCUAACUCAUCGGAAAUUAAAAACUUUUGUUCAUUUCGCGACAUAACUGUAAAUGAUGAUAACAACGAGGGAGGAAGCAGCUCGCAACACAAAACAACUGGAAAGACAACAAAAAAUAGUUGGAAGAAGGUUGAGAUAUCGGUAGAUUAUGGAAGCAAAGGAAAGGGAGCCUCUCGCGGAAAUGGAGAGAAAGGAACCAGACGCACUGCUAACGAUGAAACUGCUCGGCGACGAUCCGGAGAAGAGGACUCUGCGAGUGGCGAUGAGCAGCAAUACUGGUCUCGCAACAAAGACAACAAGAGUCCAGUGAACGAGAUGUCGAAUGAUCGGGUCGUGGAUUCCGGAUCGAAUGGGAUAUACUACCAACAAGGUGGUACUCACGGUUGGAAAAAGAAAGUGAAUAAUAAGUCUGGAUCAGAUUUACCUACACCCCCAAACUCGACUUCUCCACAACACAGUGAAGAAAGUUCACCUGAGCACGUAUCGAAAGACAAGUCUUCUCUGAAUAUGAACGGCAACGCUAGAAACGCACCGCCAGUCAAUCGGACCGGAAAUUCUACUGUCGCCCCAAAAACAGGUGAUUAUUGGCAUAAAAAUGGUGGUGAGCGCAAGGACGACAAAUCUCAACCGAAGGCUUACUAUCAACGCAACGAUAGAUACCAGGCUCGCGCAAAUCCUCACGCUCCGCCAAAAUUGACCCCUGCUCAGCGAAAGGAACGAGGACCUCUUCCACGCUGGGAAGACAUUGAAGCUGGAGAGGACAACUUUGAUUACAUGACUUUGAUGGAGGCUCAGUACUCUCAGUAUUAUGGUGCUCCGCAGCAAUUUGAGCAUCAGUUGGAUCCACAUCAAGCUAGCAUCCUCAUUCAACAAGCUCAACAACAUAUGGCUUCGUUCGCUCCGUUCCGUCCACCUAUGCCAAUGAUCUCUCCAAAUUUGAUGUCUCCUCCAAUGGAUCGUGAUGGGGGUAUUCCUUCUCCAAUGUCUAAUGGAGAGCCCAUAAAUACAUCAAUUCCGUUUGCUCCGAUUUAUCAUCCUCCCGCACCACCACGCCCGGUAACUGAUGAUACCUUGAAGGAAUAUGUCAGGAAACAAAUUGAGUACUACUUUUCCGAAGACAACCUGCAGAAAGACUUCUUCCUUCGUCGAAAAAUGUCUCCAGAAGGUUAUCUUCCGGUGGCUUUGAUCGCUUCUUUCCCCAGAGUUCGUGCUCUCACAGAGGACUUUUCUUUGAUUGGUGAAGCACUCAAAGAUUCUACAAAGGUUGAAGUUUCAUCCGACAAUGUGCAAAUUCGUGCACGCGAGAACCCGACUGCUUGGCCUUUGAUGCCUCCUGUCAGUGGAGCAGCUGAUUCACUACCAGGACCAUCCACCCAGGCACCAAAUCAGUUUAAACAGAAUGGACCACUGGCACAAUCUGCACAGACAUCGGUUCCAACAGAACACCAAACACAAAACCAAGCGUCAUCGUCACAGACACAACAACCACAACAACAGGAACAGUGGGAAGAAGUGAAAUCACGAAAAGGCAAAGGAAAAGGAAGAUUGGCUUCAGGAUCACAAUCUGCGAAUGACAGCAAACGCCAAUCACAAAAAUCGUCACAGCAGAGUGCAUCAGACCAACCCGAUUUGGAUUUUCAAUUUGACAAUGAGAUUUCCCAAACUCCAAAACGAGUUGAAAAAUCGAAGAAAACUCUUUUGAGCGCUAUGGACUCCGAAGAGAUCGGAGAUGAUGUGAUAAGUAAACUGAUCAUCAUGACACCAUCAAGACGAACACUGGAUCGUACUGGUGACUUUUCCACAAGAUCCCAAAAUCAAGUUGAAUUCAAUGAAGAAGUAGAAAUUGGUCUUCGAAGAUAUGAAGAAGAACUUUGGACAGUUCCUCUUGAAAAAGAAGCACCGACAUCCAAGGUUUCCACAAUUUCGGCUGAGCAGUUUCAUCAGAUGCGUGGAGAUACUGAUUCCAAGCAAAAUCCUGAAGAACCCCCAGAAAUCCCUCUUCCUACUGGAACUCAACCAACUCCAGAUUCGGUGUGGACUAAAAAGGCUAAAGAACGAGCAGCUGCCAGUGUUACUGUGCCAAAGUCACCGAUGCAGCGCCGUGAAUCCCAGGAACAGAAGAUGAAUCGUUUUUAUCCAGUUUCCAAGCCAGCAGCUACGUUGGAUGCCAAAUCACCACGCAAAAAGAAGACUCGUCACAGUGAGAAGCCACCAGUAGAAAUGCCAGUCGCCUGGGUUCUUGGACGUGAAGAGGCUUUGCCAGCUGCUCCAAUUGGAAUUGCUGCGAGCUCAUCGCAAGUACCUGCUAAUCAUCCGUCUGUCAGCCUUCUCCAAGAAGAUCGAUUUGUACAAAAUGUUUAUUCAACUUGGCGCUUGUCGUGCCUGAAGCAACGCAAAAGCCUUGGAUACGAUUGUGCGGAAAUGAACACGCUGUACCGUUUCUGGUCUUUCUUCCUGCGAGAUAACUUCAAUAGAAACAUGUAUGAGGAAUUCCGCAAGUUGGCUCUUGAAGAUGCAGAGAUAGGAUCCCGUUAUGGAAUUGAAGCAUUGUUCCGAUUCUACAGUUACGGCUUGGAAAAGAAGUUCAGACCGGAAAUCUACAAAAACUUCAUGAAGGAUUGCACAACUGAUGUGCAGAAAGGAGAACUCUACGGCCUUGAGAAGCUUUUCGCUUUCUUACAGCGAUCUAAAAUCGCCAAACAAUUGGUUGUCGAUGAUUUCUUGACGAACGAGUUGAAUAAGUACAAGUCAACAGAUGAUUUCAGAAAUCUUCCAUUGUCAACAAAGAAGUAA